AUGCUGCCUUACCUGUUCCCUGAGCUGUCCACCUUUGCUACAGUCGCCGAUCUUAUCACCCACCUUCGCACUAGUGACGCUCGCCUGCGUGCCGCCCUUCCCACUGAGUUCUGCGCUAAGAACCCCCCUCCACUGUACUGGACACUCCACUUCAUAGUCACCCGUCUCCCUGACACCCUCAGCUCAGUGCGCGACUAUUUCCUUGCUCGCUGUCCCACUGAGCUCACUGUCGCCCUCCUAGAGGAGAAGCUGCUAGCAGCCGAGAAGAGCAUUGUAGCUGUAGGUGCUGCUCGCGGCGCUCCUCGCACCCCCAUCUUUGAGGGAUGCUCUCCCUCUCCCCUCGCUCCCUCCUAUGCUACUGCUGCUGCUGUUGACUUCCUUGGUGCUGAGACUGCUGGCGCUGCUUCUGCUCCUGGUGGGAGGCGCCGCACCGGCAAGGGCAAGGGGGGCAAGGGUGGCGGGGGUGGCGCUGGGGGGGGAGGGGGUGGGGGAGGUGGGGGGGGAGGCGGUGCUGGAGGGAGCGGUGGCGGGAGUGCCGGUGGGAGUGGGGCCGGCGGCGGAGGCGGGGGCGGCGGCGGGAGCAGUGGCGGUGGUGGCAGCGGCGGCAGUGGCGGCGGUGGCGGUAGUGGCGGUGGCGGUGGCGGUGGUGGCGGUCGGAGCGGAGGUAGUGGCGGCGGUGGAGGUCGGAGUGGAGGCACAGGCUCGGGCCAGAGCUCCCAGCAGCAGCAGCGUCCCCAGUCGACCCAGCAGCUUCGUGAGUGGCUUGCUCAGCGUGGGACGUCGGGGGGCAGUGGCCGCUGUUCCUAUGUCAUUCGCACAGGUGAUCGCAAGGGGCAGACGUGUGGAAAGUUCCACACUCAGUACCGCUGCUUCUUCCGCCUUGACGACGCUUGGCGUGAGGAGAUGGGCGAGGAUGUUGAGCGCCCUCGCUGGGCUGAGCUGAUGAGGGCUGGGGUUGAUAUCUUUGCUCUUGACUAUGAUGCUAUUAUUGCUGCCAUGUAUGCAUUGACUGUUAGUGCCGAGGGAGACUGUUACUUGUGUGUGCCGCCUGACCCAGGUAUAGGGCCCGCUGCCCUAGGUACUCGUGAGUCUGCUCUCUCUGGUAUGGUGCCCCCUGUACCUGCUCCCUCCAGCACUGUCCCUGCUACUUGCGAGUCUGCUCUCUCAGGUACAGCACCCACAGAGACUGCUCUCUCAGUACUGAGCUCACACCGCUUCCUGCACCGGUCCCAGUCUCCUUGGCUGACCCCUCUGGGGGCCCGGUCCUUGCCCGGUCCACCACUGUGCUCCCUUGUCCGGCGGUUCCGUCUGGCUCGUUGA